AUGGUGCGCACAAGCUGCCUGUGGUAUGUGCUCCUGCUUGGAGAGACGACUUGGGGGAAGGUCUACUUUUCCGAAACCUUCGAUGAUUCUUGGGCCAACCGAUGGACGUUGAGCACGUGGAAGGACAGCGAGAAGGAGAAGAUGGGGAAGUGGGUGCUGUCCUCCGGGCGAUUCUUCGCAGAUGCACUGGAGGAUCGAGGAUUGCAGACAGCAGAGAUCAUGAAGUUCUAUGGUAUUUCUGCAGCCUUUGAGCCAUUCAGCAACGAAGGCAAGGAGCUCUUCGUUCAGUACCAGGCCAAGUAC